AUGGCUCGCUGGCACAUCCUGGCCUUGGCCCUCUGCUCCUACCUCGGGCACAUGGCCAUUGCCUGGGUGAAGAGGAACAUCAAGGCCUUUGGAGGUGACCCAGACAACAUCACCAUCUUUGGGGAGUCGGCCGGUGCCGUCAGUGUCUCCCUGCAGACGCUGUCCCCGAAGAACAAGGGUCUGUUCAAGAGAGCCAUCAGCCAGAGUGGCGUGGGGGUCUGCAGCUGGGCCAUCCAGAGGGACCCGCUCGCCUGGGCUAAGAAGAUUGGAGAAAAGCUGGGCUGCCCCACAGACAACACCUCCGUCUUGGCCGACUGCCUUCGUGUCUCUGACCCCAAAGCCCUGACCCUGGCCUACCAUCUGCAGCUGGUCAACCUGCCCAUGCCCCUGGUGCACACCCUGGCCCUCACUCCUGUCAUCGAUGGGGAUUUCCUCCCAGACAUGCCAGAGAAUCUCUUUGCCAACGCUGCCGACAUCGAUUACUUGGCCGGGGUCAAUGACAUGGAUGGGCACAUCUUUGCUGGUGUGGAUUUACCCGCCAUCAACCGCCCGCUGGUCAAAAUCUCUGCGAACCAGGUCUAUGAUUUGAUCAAAGGCCUCACUGUGGACAGGGGUGAGGCUGGAGCCAAUGCUACCUACAACAUCUACACCCAGACCUGGGAUGACAAACCAAAGCAGGAGGUCAUGAAGAAGACAGUGGUGGAGCUGAUCACUGACUACAUCUUCCUGAUUCCCACACAGUGGGCACUGAACCUGCACCUGCAGAAUGCCCGGAGUGGCAAGACSUACAGCUACCUGUUCUCCCAGCCAUCCCGCAUGCCCGUGUACCCCAGCUGGGUGGGGGCAGACCACGCUGAUGACCUGCAGUACGUGUUUGGGAAGCCCUUUGCCACCCCCCUGGGCUACCUGCCCAAGCACAGGACWGUCUCAAAGGCCAUGAUUGCUUACUGGACCAAUUUUGCCAGGACUGGUGAUCCCAACAAAGGCCAUUCGGAUGUGCCYGUUUCCUGGCCAGCCUACACCAACAAKGCCAAGUACUACCUGGACAUCAACAACAAGAUGAACAAGAAUUCUGUGAAGCAGGACCUGAGAUCCCGAUUUGUGAACUUCUGGAACUCGGUCUAUCGGCAGCUGCCGCAGGUUGCCAACAUCUCCCAGUCGGAGUUAUUCUUCUGAACCUGAGAAAAUCCAUCUUUUAGAGAUCAUU